AUGGAUCAGUUCCAUCGGAACGAGGCGAUCUCUGCUGUCGCCGACGAUGCUUUUCUCGUUGAAGAGGACGACGAUUACGAGGAUCUUUAUAACGACGUUAAUAUCGGCGAAGCAGGUUUGAGAAAGCAGGAACAACAAAAGGUUAGCUUCGAGAGGAGCAAAGAAAGUGUUAAACCAGCUGAAAGUACACCAGAACGUCAAGUGUUGAUACCUGGUGUGGUUGGUGAGACUUCAACAAGUGCCACCGAUGCUUCAAACGGAUAUGGAGCUCAAGGGCAUACAGGAGGAAAUGGUGUUAGCCAGCAGGUUCCUGGUGGACCAGUCGCUGGUCUCAGAGUUGAGCUAAGGCAAUCUACUAAUCGGGAAGAUGAUGUUGACAUUCCGGAGCAAAUCGUCGGAAAUAACGAGCCUUUGAUCAAGCCCGGGAUGGGUAAUGGCAAUGGCGUCACUAUUCCUGUUAGGAGCACGAUCGGGAAUGGCGGUGGUGGCACUAUUCUGUUUCUGGGGGAGUUGCAUUGGUGGACAACAGAUGCUGAAAUUGAGGCAGAGCUCUGCAAGUAUGGGACAGUGAAGGAAGUGAAGUUCUUUGACGAGAAAGCUACAGGGAAGUCGAGAGGAUACUGUCAAGUGGAGUUCUAUGAAUCUAUGGCGGCUACGGCUUGCAAGGAAGCGUUGGAUGGGCAUCUGUUUAAUGGUAGGCCAUGUGUUGUUGCAUUUGCUUCUCCAUAUACUGUCAAAAAAAUGGGAGACGCACAGGUGAAUAGAAGCCAGCAGGCACAAGCUGUACUUGCGCAAGCUAAGAAAGGGGAACCUAUUGAUCCUCCUAAUAAGCUUCCUUCAGCUAACAACAUCACCACCACUGGGAAUCAUCAAGGAGGAGAUGGUAGAGGUUUUGGUAGAGGGAACUGGGGUAGAGGGAAUGCUCAAGGAAUGGGUGGAAGAGGGCAGGUUGGUCAGAUGAGGAACAGGCCUGUUGGGAUGGGUGGAAGAGGUUUAAUGGGGAAUGGUGGAGGUGGGUUUGGGCUUCCUAUGAUGCAUCCUCAAGCAAUGAUGGGGCAGGGUUUUGAUCCAGGUUUUGGUGGACGGAUGGGAAGCUAUGGAGGAUUCCCAGGCCGUCCAUUUCCAGGGGUUUUGUCUUCAUUCCCUCAUGUUGGAGGAGUUGGUUUGCCUGGAGUAGCACCUCACGUGAAUCCUGCAUUUUUCGGAAGAGGUGUGCCGAUGAGUGGGAUGGGGAUGAUGCCCAAUAUGGGAAUGUGGGAUCCUAACGCAGGAGGAUGGGGCGGUGAGGAUUUGGGUGGUGGGAGAGCUGCAGAGUCGAGUUAUGGGGAGGAAGCUGCAUCUGAUCAUCAUGAUAGAGGAGCUCGUUCUAAUCCCAUCAAGGAAAAGGAUAGAGCUGCAGAAAGGGAGUGGUCAGCUUCAUCUGAUAGAAGUAACCGUGAUGAGAAAGAUGGUGGUUAUGAAAGGGACAUAACUAGGGAGAGAGACGUUAGCCAAAUUCAUGAUUGGCCAGAGAAAAGACGUCGUGAUGAUAGAGACACUGGUCGUGAGCGUGGAAGGGAGAAUCAUAAGGAUGGAGAACGAUCCAGAAACUGGAACAGAGAAAGGGAGAAGGAGAGGGAUCGUCACAAAGAAGAGCGAGAAAGACACAAGAACGAACCGGAGCAUGGUAACGAAUGGAACAGAAGUCGAUCAUCCAGAGCACCUAGCAGAUCACGGAUGUCUCGGGAGGAUAACCAUCGCUCAAGAUCAAAGGAAGCUGAUUAUGGAAAAAGACGGCGACUUACCUCUGAGUAG